GAUACAGAAGACAGAAGGACUCCUCUCAACCUGUACCGAGAUCUAAAACCUCUCCUAUCCCUGUGGGAAUAUGUACAACCAUCCACAUCUCCAGGAUAAAGGAUGUCAGAACUGAUACAGAGUCUGGAACAAUGCCAACCCCAGAGAGAGGCUGCCUGGAAUGUCUUUUACCUUGUUGUUUUUUAUUAUCACGGGACACAAACAAACAAACAAACAAGAAGAUGUUAUCAGAGAUGUUUGUUUGGAUGAAAGGGAGAAACCCAGAGGGCUUUCCUUCUGACCAGGCUCUUCUCUACACUAUGAGCUGAUUGACCCCUCUCUGCCCCCCCUCCACCCCCCCACACACACAAAUCGUCCCUCCCCUCCACCUCUCCUUCCAACCGACGAUGGAUCUGAUGAAUGAAACCACGGUCAUCACAGACAGCGACUUAUUGGAUGACUCCUCAACCCGCGUCCUGACUGGCUGUUUCCUCUCGCUGCUCAUCCUCUCCACGUUGCUCGGCAACAUCCUUGUGUGUGCCGCCGUCACCAAGUGCCGUCACCUGCGUUCCAAAGUCACCAACUUCUUUGUGAUCUCGUUGGCCGUCUCCGACCUCCUGGUCGCUGUACUGGUGAUGCCGUGGAAGGCCGUGACGGAGGUCGCAGGGUUCUGGCCGUUUGGCUCGUUCUGCGACACUUGGGUGGCGUUCGACAUCAUGUGCUCCACGGCAUCCAUCUUGAACCUGUGUGUGAUCAGCGUGGACCGUUACUGGGCAAUAUCCAGCCCGUUCCGCUAUGAGAGGAACAUGACUCCUAAAGCUGCGUUUGUGAUGAUCAGCGUGGCCUGGACGCUCUCCCUCCUCAUCUCCUUCAUCCCCGUCCAGCUCAACUGGCACAAAGCCCAGACCUUUACCUCUACCUCCAUCACUACCUCCACAACCACCCCCUACGGCCUCCAGGCCCCCCCAGACUCCUCUAACCCUGUUGGGGAUAACAACACACAUCAGGCCCCCCGGGACUGGGACAACUGUCACUUCAGCCUGAACCGGACCUACGCCAUCUCUACCUCUCUGAUCAGCUUCUAUAUCCCAGUGAUCAUCAUGGUGGUCACCUACACACAGAUCUACCGCAUCGCCCACCGUCAGAUCAGAUGCAUCGCCACCCUAGAACGAGCCGCAGAGAGCGCCAAGAACCGACACAACAGCAUGGGAGGAUCCAGCAUCUCCGAAUCGGAGAGCUCAUUCAAGAUGACGUUCAAACGGGAGACAAAGGUCCUGAAGACGCUGACUCUGAUCGUGGGCGUGUUCGUGUGCUGCUGGCUGCCAUUCUUCAUCCUGAACUGCAUGGUGCCGUUCUGUGAGCUGUCACCCCCCGGUGGCGCGGCCUCCUUCACCUGUAUCAGUCCCACUACGUUUGAUGUGUUUGUGUGGUUCGGGUGGGCCAACUCUUCCAUCAACCCCAUCAUAUAUGCCUUUAACCCAGACUUCCGCAAGGCAUUCUCUAUCCUCCUGGGCUGCCACAGAUUCUGUCCCGGAGAUCACGGCAUGGGCGCGUUCAGUCUCAAUAAGAAGUGAGCUCAGAGCUUCAGAAUUCCCAGUGGUAGUAAUAAAAAACAUACAUGGACAACAUCUGCUGAGACACUGGUCUCAGAAGAGGACCUACAGUACCAGCUGUCAUGAACGUCAGAGAACUAUAGCAUGCCAUCGUCUGGUGCAUUGUAUUGCCAUAAGCAAGCAGAGUAAGCACUACAACCUUGGUGUAAAAGGUUUGUUGUUGUCAUUGAGGGUGCCGCCACCUUGUGCAGUGUCACUGGGCAUAACAUACAGUGCGAUCUGAAAUGGCACUGCAAUAAGAGUCGAGUGACCCUUUGCAGUGUCCCUGACUGUGCAGUGAAUGCAGUACGUUUAGUGACACAUUGUCUCUGUGGAGUAGAUACUACAGUGAGUCAGGGCCCCAGACUCUGACCCAGUGAUCCAGUGACUGCAGACUAUAGUGAGUCAGGGCCCCAGACUCUGACGCAGUGAUCCAGUGAAAUCAGUGACU